GGCAGAGUAGGAGCAGUAUAGACAUCAUAAUCAUUUGAGUAAAGCAUUCUGUUAGUACCUAUUGCCAACACCUUUGAUUUGGUAUAGGAUGGUUUGUCUUAGAAUAAAGGAGGGCUAAGCUGUAUAUACCUAAAAACAAAUUCUGCAGUGAGACUGGGAUCUGGAGAAUCUGGUGUGUCUACCUCUGACAGGAUGUGGAACUCCUGAAAUAAUUGGCAAUAAGAUCCCUGUAGCCAUGGCUAGCUCUGACGUGAAACCAAAAUCAAUAAGUCGUGCCAAAAAAUGGUCAGAAGAGAUAGAAAAUCUGUACAGAUUUCAGCAAGCAGGAUAUCGGGAUGAAAUUGAAUAUAAACAAGUGAAACAAGUUUCUAUGGUAGAUCGUUGGCCAGAGACGGGAUACGUGAAGAAACUCCAGAGAAGGGACAAUACUUUCUAUUACUACAACAAACAGAGGGAGUGUGACGACAAGGAAGUCCACAAAGUCAAAAUUUAUGCUUACUAGCUUUCGUUCUUUUCGUGUUGUCAUCAUCUAAGACUUCAUUGCUUCAUUCUACAUCAUGUAAAUGUCAUUUUACAAAAUAAUCCAAAAUGCAGACUUCAGUUGAAUGUUUUGAAACACAAAAGCCAUGAAACCUGGUAUCAAUCAGCCUGUUCUAUUCUAAAAUAUAAUUGCAGAAGCAUUAAA